AUGCAGCUUUCUGAUAUAAAAAAUUUUUGCUUUCAAAUUGUUAGGAAAAACAAAGGGAGAAAGCUGCGCCGUGGAAGAACCACUGCCUUGAAAGCAAAAAUUCCGGUAGACCUCCGGUGCAAUCCAGUGCCGGGUUUGCUCCCCAAGGUUAACACAGCUGCACGUCAGGUACUGGGACAGGACUUUGAGCUGAUACCAUUUGGGGCUGGUAGAAGAGGUUGUCCGGCUAUUGCAUUCGGCGUUGCGGUUGUUGAGCUUGCUCUAGCUCAACUCCUCUAUAGCUUCAAUUGGGAGCUUCCUCCUGGUGUUGCACCCAAAGACUUGGACCUCACUGAAGUUUUCGGCAUCUCAAUGCACAGGAGCGAAAAUCUCCAUGUUUUUGCUAACCCUUACUUUCUAUGA